UCGAAAUCGCACCAAGAUUCAUGGUGUCUGUCUGGUGUCAAUUUAAUUUCCUAAUUUGGCUGUAGGCUCUGAGUAGUUCAUCUUUAAACCUUUUACUACUGUCCAGAAAUAUAUUUCGAUUUGUUAUAUUGAAAUAACAUGAUAUAAUUUUAAUGGGUGUAAUAAGUUCAAUCUGGUUUGAAUGAAUAGUUUUGAUAUUGAAGCUGACGACAGUAAAUACCUCAACUAGGAAUGAACGGUCCACGAUCGAGAUCAGCGGCACAUGGAGAUCCCUUGGGGAGAUGGGCGGAUCAUCAUUCUCACAGACAGAACUCCACUGUAAGCAAGAUGCAAUAUCACUUCUGGGUCACGAAGCAGACUGUGUCGCGUAAGCUGGGCAAGAAGGAAGAUGACUGCAUUGUGGCCAGCGAUGCUGAACUGGACGCCAAACUGGAGUUGUUUCUCAGCAUCCAACUCAGCUGUGCUCAGCUGCUCAAGAUACUGGAUGAAUACCAGAAAAAGAGCAACUCCUUAGCCUAUGAAGAAAACUCGAUGGGUCGGUUUUUAAAAGAAUCAGCAAAACUUGAUGACAAAACAGAAGCUGGAAAAAUGAUGGCUGUUGUUGGGAAAACCCUCUCAACAACCGGACAACAACGACUUGCCUUCCAGGACCCUCUGAGAGCUUUGCAAAAGAAAGUGGAGUCGUUCCAAGCCCAUGCCAUUGCAGACACGUUCCAUACAAUCCAGGAGAUGGAGAAGACAAGGACCAAGUACCGAGCUGUCCUUAACUGGAUGAAGGAUGUCUCCAAACAACUUGAUCCCGAAAACCUCAGUCUCAUGGACAAGCACAGGAAGGUUCAAGAUCAUGUGAAACAAAGUCGAGCAGAGUUUGAGCGACAAAAACUUGACUGCUUACAAAAGGUAGACCUACUGGCAGCAGCGAGAUGUAACAUGUUCUCACGAGAACUCAUCCAGUACGAGAACACUCUCAAGACCUUUGCUACCAAAUGUGUGACAAUGUUUAACAAUAUCAGUACUACAUUCCCUAGUCAUCCACAGUACAAAUUUUCAGACGUUAAAGAACUAGUAGAGGAAGAGAAACCAGCAAAGAUAGAGACAGAUGAAAAUGACGACACAUUACUAUCGUUAGACGAGUCUGAGGCGGACACAGUGGUGAGGAAAGUAGAAGAAGUCGAAGGAAGUAAAGAAGUAAGAAAAUCAGAAUCAAGUGAAAAUGGAGAGGGAGUGCUCUUGGCGGAUCUUCUAACAGACGCUCUCCCUGACAACCAGCUUUUGCCGAGUCAACUGUUAGCCCAACUGUCGACUGAAUCUUCAUUUUCAUCUCAGUUUCCUCCCCCAGCUCCAUCAAACCAGCCUCUUCUCAUGUCAAGUUUGUCUAACAAUAACCAACCUAAGAUGCCUAUCAGGAGUCUGGAUCAAGUCCCCAACAAACCUUGGCUGGAUUUGUUUGCUGAGUUGGACCCACUCUCCGACCCAGAUGCCAUCGACAAGAAGACAGACGCUCAGGACAGAAACUGCUAACCUUACCAAAGUCAAAUAUUACAAUUUAUUUCUCAUUUAUAUGUCAUUGCUUACGGUAUUGUAUAGAGAAAGUAUUAAAUUUCGUUUAUUGUUUCGCUUUUGUGCUAAAAAUGUCUAUAAUUAUACUUGUACUUAACUUUGAUUGUGUACAAAAGGUUGAUAUAUAAAUCUUGUAUACUUUUGGGAUGAAAAGUUGUACUUAAUGCAAGGGAAAUAUUUUGAAUUGUUAGUAUUAUAAAUAUUUUUUUAAUAGAGGUUUCUCUCCUUGAAUUUGGUUUUCAAACAUUCCAUCCAGUGAAAUAUUGUUUUAAAUUUACUUAUGACAAUAAUACUGAGGAGUUAAGUGCAAUCAAUUGAAAUAGUUUUGUCGUUAAUAAUGGUAUUUAUUGUUAGUAUAAUUUUUAAUACACAGGGUGAUUGAUAUAAGUGUGCCAGCUGUUUUAUUCUAAAGUUAUAUAAGACUAGCUGUAACCCGCGGAUUAUCUCGUUCGCAUGGCUCAAUCACGUCCUGGUUGAAGUUUGUUCGCUACGCUCACUCACCUUUAGGUUGGAGCUCGUUCGCUACGCUCACUCACCUUUUGGUUGCAAAUUAGCUGUUGUCAUAAAUGUAAAAGAAAUUUAAUAAUAGUGCUGCACCCUGUUGGUAAUCCUUGUAACUUUAAUGCUAUUGAACAUCAUAGAACAGAACCAACUUGUUUAAUUGAAACAGCUGUUAAGAUUCAAUAAUUCCAUUUAUCAUAAGGUUAACAUGGGAAACUCCUGAGCCACUGGGGCGAAGCCCGAAAGGAUUUUUGAAAUAAGAAUAUGCCUAUAUGUUAAUCGGGAAUGUGAGCUAUCAUCAUGCCAAAUUUCAGCCCAAUCCGUCCAGUAUUUUUCGCGUUCACUUGUCACAAACAUACAUCCAUACAUCCAUACAUCCAUACAUCCAAACUUUCUCAUUUAUAAUAUUAGUAGGAAGUAGGAUAUCAAAAAAUGUUAAAAUGUAACUGCCUUGGAUUUUUUAUUUUUUUAUUUGGUCAAGUUGAAAAAAAUAAUUUUAGCUGCCAUUUUUCCAAUAUGUCCGAUGACUUUGAUUUGUCUUAUGAAAGACCUAUAUUUUCUGAUUUUUUUUAUGAAGUAAAUGUCAUUUGCAAUUUUAAGACUUAUUUACUUUUAGCAUUUUCUCUCUAAACUUACUCGUAUAGGAGCUACAUGGUGCAGAAUGUACUGUACACCGCAAGUCAUUUUUCUUAGUUUUAUUUAACACACUGUAACUCCUAAAUGAGUAGCUUUAGAGAACAAAUGCCAAGAAUAAAAACGUUUUUAAAUGGCAUUUACUUUCUAAAAAAAAAUCAUAAAAUAUGGGGUCUUUUAUAAGAAAAAUCAAAAUUGAAGGCCAUGUUGAAAAAAUGGCAGCUAAAUAUUUUUUAGCUAACUUCUUAAAUUUAAUAGCUUAACUUGACCAACAUUUAAAAAAUAAAAAACCCAAGGCAGUUACAAUUUAAUUAUUUUUUUUAUCUCUUAUAACUUUCAAAUAAAACGACUGGCACACUUAUAUCAAUCACCCUGAAUGUGCAGAUCAUGCAAAUAAACCUUUCCUGCAAGUUAUGUUAAGACAGUAAACAUAAUGGUAUGCGAGGUCAGCUUAUUAAUCAUUUGUUAGUCAUUAUUUAAUGUAUCUAUAUUUAAAAUGUCUGCCACUGCUUACCUAAACACUUUCAAAUUCUAGAAGAUGUUCUUAAUACAAGAAUAAUUGCUUUUGUUUCAUUUGAUUAACUCACACUGAAGGUUUGUUUGCAUCAAUUGUGUUUCUGCUGCACACAUGUUGUGUUUUAAACACUGUCUUGUUCAAUGUGUUUUUAAAAUAGUAUUUAAUGAGUUAUUUAUUUUUAAGUUUUAAAGAAGUUUACAGCUCUACGUAUUCAGGUCAAAGAACUAUUUUAGUAUAUUUUCCAGGGAACUUAUUAGUUUUAAUUUUAAUCCAACAUUUAGUAGGAAUCUUGUAUGCGACAUGUAAAAACAGGAGGUGUGAACUAGCAACAUCUCAUGCUUUCCACGUUUGGACAUAACCAACUAACAGUAGGGUUGGCUGUUUGAGUUAUCUGUGCAAAACACAAGAAAACAUUUUGCCAGAAAUUUGAGACUUUUUCAGAUAUAAAGUAAAGAUGUAAUUUUAUGCACAAGUCUCAAAAUUUAAAUCUUAACUUUUCGAUGCAAAAUUGUAACGAAAACGUAUAGGCUAAUGUACUUAUAGUUUGUUUCAUACAAUCAUUAUUUGGGUGUAAUAUUACAGUGAAGUCCCGCAAACUCGGCACUCGAUAACCCGACAGUCUGGAUAAUGCGGCCAUCACCUGGCUCAGAAAAUUAGGGAUUUUUUGAUUCCGAGUUAAACAUAGACUCAAGCCAGCUCAAGUCAAAUCAUUCGCAACUCGUACCAAGGAUUUGUUGUAGGCAUAUCUGAUGACUUAAUACUGACUUGUAAUAUAAAUAUAAAUAUAAAAGGCGGUUAAAGAGCUUACACAAUUUUUUCUUAUUUUAACCCUAGUUCCCGAUAACCCGGCAUUUCACAAACUCGGCACCCUUUCAGUCCACAUUAUGCCGAGUUUGCGGGACUCUACUGUAAAUGAAUUGUAAUAUAUUAUUAUAUAGCUGGAGUAAUAUGGAAGAUAUCUGUAGAGCAGAUUUACUACUUUAAUAAUUACUUCAUUCCAAAGACAUUAACCAUAAGAGAGUUAUUAUAUCAUUGAGUAUAUAACGUUAUUGUAGGUGUAAGAUAUGUUUUCUUUACUGUGGACAGAAAGGCCUAAAUAUGAAGGAUCCUAUUCCAAUUUGUGGUCAUAGUAAACAAUUCCUCGAAGCCCUAUGUAUUCUUAAAAUUAGAGAUUGAAAUUUUUUGCUGGAUUAAUAAAUGUGGUUAAUUUCAAAGCAUUGUUCAAUAAGGUGGUAGAUGAUACAUAAAUCUAGAUAGACUAAAAAGGUAAGGCUGUUUCACUCACAACUUUUCCUAUUACCUUUUCCCCUUUUAAGGUAAAAACAAUUCAAUUAAUAAAACAAUUCCCCUAUACUUUUUUUCUGUUAUUGAAGAGAUUACUGCAGACAUUCCUCGCUCUUAAAAACACUAUUCCACAAUCAUAAUAAAUCAUUAACAUAAAUUAUUCUUUAUCUCCAAAUAUGAACUUACCUCAGGAACAAAACAACUUCUAUACGGAACUGACUUCCAUGUUAGUGUAUGUACUUAUAUUGCAGACACCCAAUACCCACACUUUAAAUUGUUCUUCUGUUCUCUUUACCUUGUAAAACCACUAACAUACUCAAGAAAUCAUCCAAGUUCACUAAGUCGGUACUGAAGUAUAUCAUUAAGAAAAGCCUGUGUGGCCUUUUUAAGUCUGUCUAGAAGCAUUAAGGCAAAAACUUUUUUGUCUGGAGUUUCAUUUCAUCGAUACAGUUUUAAUUAAAACUGAUAUUAAUAAUAUCUGUGUACCAAUUUUGGUCAUUGUCUCCAGUUUGACAUGUAAAUAUCCUUAUAAGUAUCUACUUAGGGGUAACUAUUUAAUUCUCUAGUAAUAUUUUUGAUUUUUAGUAAUAUGGUAGGUUAGUGUUUGUUUAUAGCAAAUAUAUAUUAAGGUGCGUUUCCUUUUAAGCUAGGUAAUUUAAUUACUGAAUCGGUUGUUUACACUAGCUAUUGUAUUUUCUUAAACAAAUGUAAAUCGAAAACAAAGAACAUAAAAAGUUAUGGAGCUGAUAAUUAUUCUAGACCAAUUUAAGCACUAGGAAUUUCAGAUAUGAUUUAGUAUGAUCAAAAAGCAUUAAACCUAAAGAAAUUAUAAGACCUAAAAACUUGUGUGUUUCAUGACUACGUAUGGUGUUCAUUUAACUUUUUUCAAAGUUAAGCACUUGCUAUUUAGUACUUUUGGGGGACUUCCUUCGCAUCACUUUUAGUGUAAAUUCUUGGUUACUUUUAAACUUAAUUACCUCAAAGAUACUCUCAAACCAAAAAUCACCACACCAGAUUGCCUUGAUUAGGUAGCCUCUACCAAAUUAAAUCCAAAAUAUAUUUAUUCCCUUU